ACUGAACUGAGCAAGAUUGCUUCAGCAUCAAGUGAAGAAAGCUCAACAGCACAAUAUGAAUCUGAUGACGCUGUUCUUCUGAGUGAUGAUAGCGCUACAAGAAAAAGAAGAGCUGAAGAUGAAGCUGGAAGUCUGGUCCAAAAGAUCUUGCAGACCAAACCUGGUGGGGAUGCAAUCAUCAGAGAAUACAACAAAACCAAAAGUUUGUCUGACAGCACCAGGAGAAAGAUGAUCAACAUUCUUACUGCAGAUUUGACUGAGAAGCACAGCACAUCUCCCCCCAAACACAUAAGAGAAAUGUAUGCUCAAGGAAUUGUUGCCCUGUUUCCAUAUCUUCGGGAUCCUUAUACAAAGCAUGGAUAUGAACAUUAUUAUGACCCCAAAAGUCGACAUGGGUACUUGUCUUGGAAAAUUAAGAACAUUCAGAGGAACAGUGCACCAUCAGAGACCCAUAGAUGUUUCUCCCAGUCUUUCAGUGAUGGCCCAAAGGCGCAGAGAGACACUUCAUCCAGCUCAGGGGUUAUCAUGACAGAAGAACAGUGUAGGGAAGCUAUUUCUCUACUGAAGCAUACUUCAGAGGCAGACACAGUAAAGGCCAAAAUGAAGGAGACAUUUCAGUAUCGUCGUAAGAUGAUUCAUGAUCCAAGCAGAUGCGCUGAAGUGCUGACUGAAUUUCCCUGUUAUCUGGACAUUAAAGGCCUGGUUGAGCUGGAUUUCGUUUUGAUUUUUGGGGAAAAGACUUCAGCUAAGUUUUUGGAAAGGUGGCCAACUGUAUUCAUGCAGAAGGUCAUUCAACAAAGCAAAGGCCUUCACUUCUCUCAAGAACUUCAGGACCUGAUUGAUUCUGCAGAAUCGGCUGUGGGCAGUGAAACCGAUGUUGAAGGAUGGGGCAGAGAUCUUGCUUCAAUUAUUCUCUUACUUCAUUUAAUUCCACCGUCACCACAAGGCCGCAAGAGACCUGGAAAAAUGUCUGCAUCUCAAGCUGAGAAACACCUUGUCAUCUUCAAAAAAGUGGGGACGAACAUUCAGGAACACCUUGAUUCCAUUCAAGAGAGGACACUGUUGAUGAACUGUUCAAGCACACUUUGUUUUUGGUGUGUCUUACAGUAAUGUGCUUAACAACAUGUACACCUUCAUACAAACAACCAUUUUUGAGAUUGACAUUGGCCAGGUGAAAGAGAUUCCAAGAGUUGCUGAGCUCAGAGCCAGAUUCAUGCGUUAAGAGUUUUCUGAGUAAAAAAUGAUUUGUUUUGUCUGUUUUUGCUUCCUGGAGAAUACAAAUGUGCUUGUGCGCCAUCUUAAGUUAGUUCAUGGACUGUUAUCUGGCAAAUCACUUCGUCUAAAAUGUGGUCAGGCAGGAUGUUGUUUGGAAUUUGGUACCUUUUCAGGAUUUCGUAAACACUUGCGUAGAGUUCAUGAACAAAGUAAUGAUGUUCCAGUAGAUGUUAGUGAUAGUGCUGUUGUUCAUCAUACAGCUGUUGAACUGUCAAGUAAUAUUGAUAUGGCUUCAUGUUCAAAUGAUAGUUCUUUGCCAUUAUCCAAUAAAAACACCACUGAUUUGUACGCAUCAGCAAUAGCACAAUUGCAGGCUGCAGGUGUCAGUCAAAAUACCAUUAA